GCCUAAGUUUAAAUAUUUUCCCCUUAAUUUUCGCUAUUUUCCCUUAAUUUUUAAGAUAUUCCUCAAGUAUUAUCCACAAAACAAAAUGCCCUUAUGUUUUGCCUUAAGUCGGCAUUUUCGCCUUAACUUUUAAGGAACCUCCGGAGGACCCUUAAAUAUUAAGGAAAAAACUAACGUAGCGUCCAUUUUAACGCGGAAUCCUGUUUUCAAGGAGAGAAGUUAGAAAAUCAUCACAAUCGCUUGCAGCAAAAUGGCAGUUCGGGAGUAUCGUGAGCGAAUUGACAUUGCACAGUUGACCAAUGAUGAUCUGUACAAGAGAUAUCGUGUGAACCAUGCCACAUUGGCAUAUAUAAUUGCCCAGCUGGAUGCUGCCUUAGCCCCCAAUACUGACAGGAGCCACAGCCUUUCUACUGGCUACAAGGUCUUGAUCACACUGAGAUUCCCAAAUGUGAUCGGUGUCAUAGAUGGGACUCAUGUACAGAUCCAGGCACCAUCUAUUGAUGAACCCAUGUACGUGAACAGAAUGGGUUACCAUUCCAUCAACACACAGAUUGUGUUUGAUCAUAAUGACAUGAUAAUGGACGUUGUCGCCAGAUGGCCAGGAAGUACCCACGAUAGCAGGAUCCUUAGAGGAAGUGGGCUGUGGCAAGUUUUCGAUAGAAACCUGCUUCCACAGAAUGACCACUUUCUUCUGGGCGAUAGUGGGUAUCCCUGCAAACGCUGGCUGUUGACGCCUUAUGUGAGACCAGCUAAUAACGCUCAGGAAGCGUAUAACAGGGCACACAAGUUGACAAGGAGCAAGGUUGAACGGGGCAUAGGACAGCUGAAACGCAGAUGGGGAAUUCUGCAUGGAGAAGUUAGACUUGCUCCAGAAAAAACGUGCAAGGUGAUCAUUGCAUGUGCAGUUUUGCACAACAUCUGCAAGCUGCAUGGUGUGCCAGAUGUUGAUGAUCUGCCGGAAGAUCCUGUGCGCAAUGACGGGAUUCAUGUUGGUCCAGAAGAUGGACUUCGCUUCCGUGAUAUUAUAUGCGAACAGUAUUUUAGAUUGUAAAUUACGGGGGAUAUAGACAAAACAAGUCUUAAAAAUGUGUGUUCAUUUACAUCUAAUAAAGACAAAACAAGUCUUAAAAAUGUGUGUUCAUUUACAUCUGAUAAAGACAAAACAAGUCUUAAAAAUGUGUGUUCAUUUACAUCUGAUAAAGACAAAACAAGUCUUAAAAAUGUGUGUUCAUUUACAUCUGAUAAAGACAAAACAAGUCUUAAAAAUGUGUGUUCAUUUACAUCUGAUAAAGACAAAACAAGUCUUAAAAAUGUGUGUUCAUUUACAUCUGAUAAUGACAAAACAAGUCUUAAAAAUGUGUGUUCAUUUACAUCUGAUAAACACAAAACAAGUCUUAAAAAUAUGUGUUCAUUAACAUCUGAUAAAGACAAAACAAGUAUAUAAAAUGUGUGCUGAAUGAGACAUAGCUGAUUAAUAUAGGAUUGGUGGCUGGGGAACAUAGCUGAUAUUAUAGGUUUCAGGGCAAGGGAACAUAGCUGAUGUUAUAGGUUUUGGAGCCAGAAAACAUAGCUGAUAAUAUCAGUUUGGGGGUCGGAGGCCAUCGCUGAUGUUAUUGGUUUGGGGGCCGGGGGACAUAGCUGAUAUGAUAUAAAAA